AUGCAUGGAAGUUGCAUCGACUACAUGCCGGCCCUUCCUCCAUAUAGCAGACCAGACAGAGUAGCUAGCAUUCUCAUUCCGCCUCUUGGCCACGCCAUGCCUCCUCUCUACAUAUUACUGCUCUGGCCUCUUGUUCUCUACACACCAUCACCUUCCGCCGCGGACGAUACUCUCAAGGCAGGCCAGGCGCUCGCCGCUGGUGACAAGCUCGUCUCCAGCAGCGGCAAGUUCGCGCUCGGCUUCUUCCGGCCAAGCAUGAUCAGUAAGUCUGGAACAAACAUCAUCUCCCCUAACUGGUAUCUUGGCAUCUGGUUCAACAGGAAGCCGGUCUGUACUCCUGUAUGGGUAGCUAACAGGGAGAAUCCAAUCACUGGCCCCAACCUCAAGCUAACGCAGCUCAAAAUAUCACAAGAUGGCAAUCUUGUCGUCUCACUAAGCAAUGCCACCGAAUCCACCAUCAUAUGGUCAUCCACUCACCUUGUCAAUAAUAUUAAUAGGAGCACUACUCCCACUAGUGCCCUUCUCUUGAACAGCGGGAACCUUGUGGUCGUACUCGUAGAGAGCCCAUCCAAUGCAACGCUAUGGCAGAGCUUUGACUACCCAACGGAUAUUGUGCUUCCCGGCGCCAAGUUUGGCUGGGACAAGGCCACCGACUUGAAUCGUGAGGCCAUCUCAAAGAAGAGCCUCAUUGAUCCGGGUCUGGGAUCCUACACCAUUAAGCUAGGUGCCAAUGGGAUGGUCCUCACGCGCCGCAACCCCUCGGUGGUGUAUUGGCAUUUUUUCAAUUGGCCAUCCCCAAAAUCAGUAGUGAAAGUCAUACAGCUGAUCAACAUGACACUAGGCAUCAAUCCCCAGACCCAAGGUUUGAUUAACCCCAUCUAUGUCAAUAACAAUGAAGAGGAGUACUAUGCCUUCACUCUCUUGAAUGAGUCAGCUUCUACAUACUUUUCAAUAGACAUCUCUGGUCAGGUCAUGAUAAAUGUUUGGUCGGAAGCCGGGCAGUCUUGGCAAAGUAUAUACGCCAACCCGCUCGAUCCCUGCACUCCGUAUGCUACCUGUGGGCCAUUCACGCUCUGUAGUGGUAAUUCAAAUCCAUACUGUGACUGUAUGGAGGGAUUCUCUCACAAGUCACCACAGGAUUGGGACCUUGAUGAUCGAACAGGAGGGUGCAUCAGAAAUACUCCAUUGCAGUGCACUAGCAAGAAGAACACGAUAAAUUCAACGGACAAGUUCCACCCCAUUGCUCGUGUUACAUUGCCCUAUGAACCCCAAAGCAUGGGCAAUGCUACCACUCAGAGCGAAUGCGCAGAAGCUUGUCUCGGCUCCUGCUCCUGCACUGCUUACAGCUAUAACAGUAGCGGGUGCUCUAUCUGGCAUGGGGAAUUGCUUAAUGUAAAUCUGAAUGAUGGCAUCGGAAUCAAUGCUCAGGAUGUACUUUACCUUCGUCUUGCCGCCAAAGAUUUGCCAAGUUUGAGAAACAACAAAAGGAAACUAAACAUUGGAGUCGUUGUUGCUGCCAGCGUUAUUGGUUUUGGAUUACUGAUACUCAUUAUGUUGUUAAUGAUUUGGAGGAAGAGACUCAAGUGGUGUGGUGCAUCAUUACAUGGUACUCAAGGUAGCGGUGGAAUUAUAGCCUUUAGAUACACUGAUUUGGCUCAUUCCCCCUUUUCGAAAAAAAAACACUGA